AUGUGCAAUACCAACAUGUCUGUAUCUACUGAUGGUGCUGUAAGCACAUCACAGAUUCCUGCUUCGGAACAAGAGAUCCCGGUUAGACCAAAGCCGUUGCUUUUGAAGUUGUUAAAGUCUGUUGGUGCACAAAAAGACACUUACACAAUGAAAGAGGUUAUAUUUUAUCUUGGCCAGUAUAUUAUGGCUAAACGAUUAUCUGCGGAGAAGCAACAACAUAUUGUAUAUUGUUCAAAUGAUCUUCUAGGCAAUUUGUUUGGAGGGCCAGGCUUCUUUGUGAAAGAGCACAGGAAAAUAUAUACAAUGAUCUACAGAAACUUGGUAGUGGUCAAUCAGAGAGCAGUUAGUGAGACAGAAGAAAAUUCAGAUGAAUUAGCUGGUGAACGACAAAGAAAGCGCCACAAAUCUGAUAGUGUUUCCUUUUCCUUUGGUGAAAGCUUUGCUCUGUGUGUAAUAAGGGAGAUAUGCCGUGAAAGAAGCAGUAGCAGUGAUUCAACAGAGACGCCGUCAAAUCUGGUAUAUCGAGUUACUGUAUUUCAGGCAGGAGAGAGUGAUACAGAUUCAUUUGAAGAAGCUCCUGAAACUUCCUUAGCUGACUAUUGGAAGUGUACUUCAUGCAAUGAAAUGAAUCCUCUCCUUUCACUGCAUUACAACAGAUGUUGGGCCCUUCGUGAGAACUGGCUUUCUGAAGAUAAAGGAAAGGAUAAAGGGAAAAUAUCUGAGAGAGCCAAACUAGAAAACUCAACACAUGUAGAAGACGGCUUUGAUGUUCCUGAUUGCAAAAAAAUGAACGUGAGUGACUCUAAAGAGUCAUGUGUUGAGGAAAAUGAUGAUAAAAUCACACAAGCCUCCCAAUCCCAAGGAAGUGACUAUUCUCAGCCAUCAGCUUCUGCUAGCAUCAUUUAUAGCAGUCAAGAAGAUGUCAGAGAGUUUGAGAGGGAAGAAACACAAGAUAAAGAAGACAGUGUGGAAUCUAGAUUUCCCCUUAACGCCAUUGAACCUUGUGUGAUUUGCCAAGGUCGACCUAAAAAUGGUUGCAUUGUCUAUGGCACAACAGGACAUCUUAUGGCAUGUUUUACAUGUGCAAAGAAGCUAAAAAAUUUAAAUAAGCCCUGCCCAGUGUGUAGGAAACCAAUUCAAAUGAUGUGCUAA